CAUGAACUAGGAUCACAAUUCGUGAACUGCUAAAACACAUGAAUGAUGUACAGCCGGACAUGAAAUCUGCGGAGGCGACACAGAAACAAUGCCAACCAAAUCUUGGGCAUUCCUUUCUAGUUCUUUUCCAGGCCAAUCGAUCCGCGAUUCGAAAAGCAAUUGUCGAUAUUGAUCGUGAAAAUGUUCUCUCGUCUGCCCUAAAGGCGCUAGUGGAGCAUAUUGACACCAACAAGAUAGCCACGGAGCGGGCUGAAGAGGUUUAUGAGCCAUUGCUGGAUAAGAUUCUGAAAAAGUCAGGAGAAUCAGAAAAACAGAUCUCAUUCCUAUUGUUGGACUGGAUGAUUUUAUGGUGGCCUCAUAGGGAAUUGGUAGCGCGUGCUCUGAGCAAAGAGCUAACACUUUCGGUCGAAAAAAGACGCAAGCUGGCCGUUUUGUUGGCCAUUGAGCACGCAUUACAUACACAGGACUUCUGCCCGACAAAAUCCACGAAGCGAUGCAGGAAUGACCUGAUAACAAAUAGUUCUACUCAACAACAACUGGCAGCAAAUAACGUUGGAGGUGAGCAGUUCCCCAACGGACAAUUUCUACUGGAUUGGAUUAAUCCGCUAUUGCACAUAAUCCAAAAUGACACACCAGUCAACUCCGAAGGCAACCGAUAUAUGACUCGUCUCACAAGUCUCGCUUUAGACGUGGCGAUCCAUGCAUCCAAAAUCUUUGCUGAUGAGUAUUUAAUCAAAAUUCGUGACUUGGAAGAAGAGCGCAAGAAGAACCUUGUAAUGAUUGUAGAUCCGGACGAAACACAAAAGCUCUUGCAAUCAGUCCAUGGACGCUGUUUCUUAAAAAGCAUGCAGGCCAUGCAUGAAAUCUUUACAGAGUAUCAAACUUGGAACAUAAAAAGAAAUGAAGCGGCAUCUGCAAGUCUUUUAGACACUCUGGAUAUACUGUCUAGUCUCAACAAGUGCUGGAAGUCAGGAGCAGUUGUGUCCUCAUGCCAUGCCUUCACUUCGUAUGCGCAGACAUGGAGCAUUAUUUCUUCCAUUCUCAUACAAAGGAGUAAUAGCUUGAUACCGUCAUCAUUGAUGGAUCAAGUAAAUAGAUAUGUGCAAAUGGUAUGCUGUGGCGUGUGUGAGAGUAAGCACUCACUUGUGUGGAUAUGAUAUACGUUAAAAGUUCUAAAGUCAAUAUUUUCCUCAGGAAAUCCAUCCAUAUCAAAAACUUGUCGCAAUAUGCACCACUUUCGGACUCUGUAGCCCAUCAAUUACGCUAGAUCAACUUUUUAGUGCUUUGAGGGAGCCUCUUGAGAGUGUUUUGCAUGCAUACUUUACAUGCC